UAAUGUAAUUUAUCAUUUAGCAUAUAGCACAUAAUUUAUGCAUGAAUAUACGAGAAGCAUUACAAUAGAGAACGAUGGAAAAAAUAAACACAAGUUGGAAUAUACACGAACAGUAUUGUCAAACAAUAAAGAAAAUUAUGGAAACGUUAAUAAAACCGAACAAUUUGAAACAAGACAUGUUAUUCGCAUUAUUACUUGUUAUAAUGAAAGAAAAUGAUUUUAUACAAUUAGAAGCAAUUGGAAAGAAAGUUAUUAGCAUAGAAGACUAUUUAUUGUGCAUGAGACAAAAAGACAUCGGUUUGUAUGAAUCUGUAUUCGUAUUAAAUGGAUUCAAUGAUACUCCAUUGAAGAUAAUUGCGUGUCCAUUGAACGAUGCCAUUUUAAUCAACGCAACUAUCCCCCAGUUGUACAAAGAAACUUAUUCUAUCUGUUUGAAACUUAGCAGUUACGUAAUUAGUUCUGAUUUGGGGAUUCCAGCCAGCUUUUACAACUUGGACGAAUUGGUUCUUACGUUUAAAGAUAAAAUAUUGAAUCCAAUCAAAAGUGGUAUACUCAACUACCACAACUAUCCAAGUACAAAUCUAUCGGGUCUGCCUGAAGAUGUUUUGAAUCAGAUAAUUAUGAAACUGCCAAUAAAAGAUGUGAUUGCACUUUCUAAAUCUUGUAAAAGGAUCCAUGUAGUCAUCGAUAAUGAACGAUUAUGGUCUGAUCUAUUUAAGAGGGAUUUUAAAGAUAAAUACCAAUUUGGAAGCAAUGAUUGGUUUAAUAAAUAUAAAGAGGAAUACAUUUCAAAAAAAGACUCUAAAUUCCAGCUCUUGAGCAGUAUCGGAUCGGAGAGUUUUCGACAAUUUGCAGAAUUGCCAAAUUAUAUGAUACGUGCUACAGAUUCAAGAUGGGAAGUUAUAUUGUAAAGAAAUUUGAUUUUUGUUACUAAUUCGAAUAACUUUUAAAUUUUUUACAAUAAUUUAAUUUGUCCCGGAUCAUAUGCAUAACGUAUUAAAUUUUACUUUAUCCUUUCAUCUAAUUAACAUUGUAAUGUAUAAAACA